CUCUGCUGUACCGGGUACCGGCCUCGGGGAAGGGCAGUCCAGGGUUCGGGGCGGUCCUUGAAUCUAAGGGUCCUCGGCCAGUCUGAACCUUGCCCUAAGUACAGUCUCGCUAGCCAACCCCUGCCCGCUGCGGCCUUCCCUGCUGGGUGCUCGUCAGCAUGUCCUUUAUUCCGGUGGCUGAAGACUCCGACUUUCCCAUCCAAAACCUGCCCUAUGGCGUUUUCUCCACUCAAAACCACCCAAAGCCACGGAUUGGUGUGGCCAUCGGUGACCAGAUCUUGGACCUCAGUGUCAUCAAACACCUCUUUACCGGACCUGUCCUCUCCAAACAUCAGCAUGUCUUUGACGAGACAACUCUCAACAGCUUUAUGAGCUUAGGCCAAGCUGCAUGGAAGGAGGCAAGAGCAUCAUUGCAGAACUUGUUGUCUGCCAGCCAAGCCAGGCUCAGAGAUGACAAGGAGCUUCGGCAGCGUGCCUUCACCUCCCAGGCUUCUGCCACGAUGCACCUUCCUGCUACCAUAGGAGACUACACGGACUUCUACUCCUCUCGGCAGCAUGCCACUAAUGUUGGCAUUAUGUUCAGGGACAAGGAGAAUGCGCUGAUGCCCAAUUGGCUCCACUUACCUGUGGGAUACCAUGGCCGCGCUUCCUCCAUUGUGGUGUCGGGCACCCCAAUCCGAAGACCCAUGGGACAGAUGAGACCUGAUAACUCAAAGCCUCCUGUGUACAAUGCCUGCAGACUCCUAGAUGUGGAGCUGGAAAUGGCUUUCUUUGUAGGCCCUGGGAACAGAUUUGGAGAGCCAAUCCCCAUUUCCAAAGCCCAUGAACACAUUUUCGGGAUGGUCCUCAUGAACGACUGGAGUGCACGAGACAUCCAGCAGUGGGAGUAUGUUCCCCUUGGACCAUUCCUGGGGAAGAGCUUUGGAACCACCAUCUCCCCGUGGGUGGUCCCCAUGGAUGCCCUCAUGCCCUUUGUGGUGCCCAACCCGGAACAGGACCCCAAGCCCUUGCCAUAUCUCUGCCACGGCCAGCCCUAUACAUUUGAUAUCAACCUGUCUGUUGCUUUGAAAGGAGAAGGAAUGAGCCAGGCGGCUACUAUCUGCAGGUCCAACUUUAAGCAUAUGUACUGGACCAUGCUGCAGCAACUCACACACCACUCUGUUAAUGGAUGCAACCUGAGACCUGGGGACCUCUUGGCUUCUGGGACCAUCAGUGGGUCGGACCCUGGAAGCUUUGGCUCCAUGCUGGAACUGUCCUGGAGGGGAACAAAGGCCAUUGAUCUGGGUCAGGGUCAGACCAGAACCUUCCUGCUGGAUGGUGAUGAAGUCAUCAUAACAGGUCACUGCCAGGGGGAUGGCUAUCGUGUUGGUUUUGGACAGUGUGCUGGGAAAGUACUGCCUGCCCUCUCACCAGCCUGAGGUUCCAGGAACCACAAGACACAGCCUUGCCUUCUGGGGGACCAUGCUACAACUGCCCUUCAUGCAGGAAUGAAUAAAGCCACUUUGCUUGUGGGAAGCGUCAA